AUGUGGGUUAUCAACAAUGAAGCCAUACUGGUUACAUUCACACAGACACAGAAGAAGUACAAGAAAUCUGACAAGAGACUAUAUCGCCAGGAAAAUAAUAUAUUUCCUCUUAAUCGUGUCAUACGAGCUCCCGACGAAUCCAGUGGAAAACGACAGAAAAAGAGAGGAAAUGGCAAGAAAAAUAAUAAGCUAGUUGACAGACCUCCAUAUCCAUGUGAAAAAUCUGAUCUAAUGGUAGACUUUGAGAAAAUUGGAUGGAGCGCUUGGGUUAUUUUUCCAAAAACCUUUAAUGCUUUUCAAUGUGUUGGAUCGUGUUCCAGUCGAGCGGAUGGUAAUCCCACUAACCAUGCUAUUAUACAGGGCAUGGUCCGCAAAGUGAGUUCAAACCACGUUCCAACUCCGAGCUGUGUUCCUGUAAAAUUAUCGCCCUUAAGUAUGAUAUACUAUGAACGUGGCAAUAUCGUUGUUAAAGAACACGAAGACAUGAUUGUCCAGGAGUGUGGUUGCAGAUAG